CUCCAAUUGGGCUUAAAUUUUCAUUUCUAUAUCAACGGUUCAACCUGGGGUGAUUCAAGAAAAAAAAGUCAAUUGAUGCCCACACGCGCAAAAAAAAAUUAAAAAAAAAAAAAAAACAGAGGGAAGAGAGUCCACUUUUGCUUCUUCGUGGAAGGAGGGGAGAGUACCCUGUAAUCAGUAAUUGUCAUCACAUGAAUAUGUAAGAUUCAAGAUCGAUCUCUGAAUCUUUCUUGAAUGCAUGUCUUAUUUUCUAUCAGAACAAGAUCAUGGCUGAAGUGGGAGAACCAAUUCUAUCAGCUUCUUUUAAGGUGUUGUUCGACAAAUUGGAUAACCCAAUUAUCAAAGAUUCUUCACCCGACUGUGGAAUUGAUGCAGAUCUCGAAAAGCUAGAGGAAACGCUGCUGAUGAUCGAGACUGUGCACACGGAUGCGGAUGUGGAUGUGGAGCGGCCACAGAAUAACAAGAAAACACCAGAGAAAAUAAAGAAGGAAGUCAAUAAAUGGUUAAAUCAACUCAUUGAUCUGGCUUAUGAUGCCGAAGACGCAAUUGAAGAGUAUGGAAUCUAUGUUGAGAAAUACCAGUCACCGUAGAAGUUGAGAAGUCAUAAAGAUGAAGGCUUGCUUGGUAUUUA